GUUAUGGCACUUGGAAUACUGGAGCCACCAACACUCAAGGUACCUAUGGGACAAAUGCGACGAGCUGGCAAGGCUAUGAGGGCUACGACUACUACAACACCCAAACCACCGCCGCUAACACCGCAGCCACGUACAACUAUGCUCCCGCCAGCUCCAGCAGCUGGGAAGCCCACAAAGCUUCGGAUAUGAGCCUCAAUGCUGAUGUCAGCUCUUCCAUGCCCAUCACCUCCUACGGCACCGAGCACUCAGCCAACGAGAACUCGGAUUCCAUCAUCGCCAAGAUCAACCAGCGCCUGGAUAUGCUGUCGAAGGAGGGCAGCGGCGGGACCGGGGACGGGAUGGAAGACCAGGAGAGCUCUUUCAGAUUCGAGUCCUUUGACUCCUACGACUCGAGGUCCUCCAUGAACGACCGCGACAUGUAUCGACCCAGCUACGACUACGGCGACAUCGGGACCGACCGGAACGAUUCCUUCGGGAGCCAGUUUGACAACCGCAGGGAUCAGUCACGCAACAGAGGGAACAACUACGGGCUCAUGCGGGGCCGGGCUCAGAACCGUGUCCAGAACCGCGGGCGACUCAACGCCUUCAACCGCAGCGACCACUUCAUGCCCUCGUCCAGCUCCGAGCGCCUCUCGGCCCGUUGGAAUGAGCUGAACUACAUGGGAGGACGUGGGAUGGGGGGGGCCGGAUCCAACAGGCUCCCUUCCCUCUUUUCCCAAGCCCUCGUUCCCGAUUAUGGUGACUACGGCGACUACGGAGAUUACGGCGACUAUGGGGAUUACGGUGACUAUGGCGACUACGGAGAUUACGGUGACUACGGAGACUAUGACUAUGGCAUGAUGGGGAUGUCGGGCAUGGGAAUGGGACGGUAUGGGAAUAUGCCGUAUGGAAUGGGGAGGCAACGGAACAGAGACAGGAUGGGGUCGGUGCCCUGGCACAUGAACACGCUCAUGCCCAAGAGAAGAGGGUUCCGGAACCGUUCCGGAGGGCGGUCGGAUGGUGAGGGGGGAGGACGCAAGAGGAAACAGUCACAGAGUGGGGAUGAGCCCGACAGCAAACAGGCGAAGACUGACAGUGAAGGAGAUGACACUGACAAUGAUGAGGGAGAAGGAGAGGAAAAAUCCGGAGACGAAGCAGACAAAGGUGUAAGUACAACCUGCUCUAGUGGAAGGUCGUCAGGAGAUGGCUGUGAGGAUGAUGAUGAGGAGAUGAAAAAGAAGAGGGAGAAGCAGCGGAGAAGAGACCGAAUGCGCGAUCGUGCUAUGGACAGGAUCCAGUUUGCCUGUUCUGUCUGCAAGUUCCGCAGCUUUGAGGAAGAGGAGAUCCAGAAACAUCUCCAGAGCAAGUUCCACAAGGAGACCUUGAGGUACAUUGGUACCAAGCUCCCGGAUAAAACAGUCGAGUUCCUGCAGGAGUACAUCGUGAACAGGAACAAGAAGAUCGAGAAGCGGCGCCAGGAGCUGACCGAGAAGGAGGGCACAAAGCAGAAGCCGGAUCCUUUUAAAGGCAUUGGGCAGGAGCACUUCUUCAAGAAGAUCGAGGCAGCUCACUGCAUGGCCUGUGACAUGUUAAUUCCUGCACAGAACCACCUUCUCCAGAGGCACCUGAGAUCUGCUGAUCACAACAGGAACCGCAGGAUGGCUGCAGAGCAGUUCAAGAAAACCAGUUUACACGUGGCCAAGAGCGUCCUGAAUAACAAACACAUCGUAAAGAUGCUGGAAAAAUACCUCAAGGGAGAAGAUCCCUUUACAGAUGAAAUCACGGAUCAAGACGUGGAUGAAGCUAUGGAAGGUGGAGACGGCGCCGGGGAAGGAGCGACCCGCGGCCUGCCACCACCACCAGCACCACCGAGACGACGAGCUGGAAGCAGAGGAGGUGACGUCGGACGCGGCGGCAGCGCCUUCGGAAGCGCUCGGAAGCGCCGGAAGAGCCCCCAGCAGCUCCUGAAAAGCCCCCAGAAUCGGUGGUUUCUCCCCAAAAUGAGACUGAGGGUUGGGCAGGAAAAGAGGAGGAGGAAGAGGAGGAACACGGGAGCGAGGAGGCGGCCGGUGGGAGUGAGGAGGAAGAGGAGGAGGAGGAAGAAGAGGCUCCACCAGCAGCCACGGAGCCACAACCGGAGUAACUGUGAAUGUGUGUGA